AGUUUUUUUUUAAAUAUAUUCUAAUAUUUAAAAAGAGCCUGCAUGAAAUGCAACAAAAAUAAAAAAGGAUGAAUUUUUCUAAUUAUAGUUAUAUAAAUUCAUAACCUCAAACAAUUAUAACAGUCAGUUAUUAGUGUCAUCAUUGUAAACAAUCCGGUGUAAACAGUAUGGUUUAUAUACAUUUUCCUUCGAAUUUUACCGAAGAAGAGCAAAUGCUGCAGACAAAAUAUCAAAAAUUAAAAAAGAAAAAAAAGGCAUUACAAGCCCUAAAGUCUCCAAAACCAGAACCAGAAAAACCAAUUACCCCAAAAAGGCCUGCUGAAGCCAGGGAUGCUCGAGAAGUCGCUAAGAAAUUGAUCAAGUCUGGUGCCAUCCAGCCCAUUUCAAAACAGCAAAAAGCACCAGAACAAGGUUUUAAGAGACCUCGAGGACUUGAAAGAAAAUUAAUAUCAGACAAAAUUGUCAGUGGAUAUCAGCCUUUUUCUGCCGUACAGAUGGAAGAAGGCCCAGAUAAUCCUGAGAAUAAACCGCCAAGAAUUAAGAAUUUAUAUGACACUUUUGCAACUGCCAGAGACAGAGAAGAAAGAGGUUUGACUGAGAAACAACGUGAAAAACCAGAAAAGCCACGUUCUGGAAAUACCAUAUAUGUUUCUGGAUAUAAAAUAAGUGAAGAUUUCUUGAAAAAACAUUUUUCCACAAUUGGAAAUAUUAUAAACAUCUCUAUGGAAAUAGAAAAAAACAGAGGAUUUGUAACAUUUGAUAAGGUGGAAGCAGCUGAAAGGGCAAUAGCUGAAAUGGAUGGAUCAAUGGUAUCUGGAAUUCAACUAAAAGUUUCUUUGGCCAGAAGACAACCUCAAAUAGAACCAAUAAAUGAUGUAACUUCAUCAGCUGCUUGGGCAACCUUAGCAUCAAGUCAUUCACAAAAAGGAAAUCACAGAGAUAAAAGAGAUUUGGUUUCUUAUGAUGACAUGUUUGACUAGAUUUAAACAUAAUAUAUUUUAUUCAGUUAAUACAUAUUAAAUACACUAUUCUAAUACUAA